AUGGCAUCACAGCGCUCGCAUCCUUCGAGUACCACUCGAAAUGGAACGCCCGGGUCUCCAAAGCCGGCUGGUCGUCGUCGCCGAGAAGAUAUGUCAAAUAGCGUCCACGGUGAUUCCAAAGAAGCUCCCUUGAACCACGCCGGAAGGGUCUACGAAAAGAUCCUUACCUAUUCAACUGGGACCCGCUACUCUAUCUACAUCAUUCCCGUGGCAUUAAUACUCAUGGUCCCCGUCAUCGUGAGCUCUACGCAGGUGAGCAGCGACCCGAAGAAGGACCCAAAGAUCGGAGGAAUCCGUGUCGUUUGGUUCUUCACCUGGAUCGAAGCUGUGUGGCUCUCGUAUUGGGGUAUGAAAUUCGUUGCUAGGAUCAUUCCGUUGGUGUUUCGAUACCUUGCUGGCGUGGUGAGUUCGGAGACAAAGAAAUAUGCUAGAGUUUUGGAGAACCUGCAGCAGAUGAUUACCGUGCUCGGUUGGAUCAUUGUAUCGUUCGUGCUGUAUGAAGUGCUUUUCAGCACGGUAUCUGCAGGCAACACUCCGCUAGGCUGGACGAAACAGUUCAAAGAGGUGUUGGGGGCGAUCUUGGUGUCGACCAUUAUCUUUGCGAUCGAGAAGACGUUCGUUCAACUGAUUAGCGUUAACUACCAUGCUCGCUCGUUUAACAAUAGAAUCAGUGCAUCGAAACGAGCUGUGUUCUUGUUAGGUCUGCUGUUCGAUGCUUCCAGGACGCUGUUUCCAAUGUAUGGAAAGGAUUUCUUGGACGAAGAUUAUAUCAUCCACAGUACUAUCGAGGCCUAUGUCCGGAAAGGAAGGAGGGGCCAGAUCGAUCCGGAUACUACCUCGCAUGGCCACCAUCGGCGUAUAUUCAAAGGCAUUGGACGAGUUAGCAACACGGCUAAUUCAGUGUUUGGAAAUAUCGCAGCUGAGCUCACUGGGAAACGAGUCCUUCAAGCCAGAUCAGGUCAAUCAAUGAUUAUUGAAUGUCUAGAGAGAACAAAGGCAUCGAAGGCUUUGGCACAGAGGCUCUGGUAUUCAUUCGUCAUGGAGGGUAACGAUACGUUGCACCUAAGUGACCUGGAAGAAGUCCUCGGACCAGAUUCGAAUGAGGUUGCAGAAGAAUGCUUCGAUAUGCUUGACCCUGACGGCAAUGGAGACGUUAGUUUGGACGAGAUCUCUAUGAAAGUUGAAGAGCUUUCUUUGGAGAGGAAAGCCAUUGCGAGGUGUAUGCACGAUGUAAGCCAAGCUAUCAAAGCUUUGGACAACGUAUUGUCUGCCGUCGCCUUACUUCUGUCGGUUUUCGCGCUGAUCUCUUUUCUGGAUACUGGUUUUCAUUCCAUCCUUACCACAGCUUCCUCCACCCUCAUUUCCCUCUCAUUCAUCUUCUCAACUACAGCAGCCGAGUUCUUCGGUUCGUGUAUUUUCCUUUUCGUGAAGCAUCCGUACGAUAUCAGCGAUAGAGUGGAUAUCUAUGGUCCAGAUGGCAUCAAUAGACUUGUUGUCGAAGAAAUUUCGCUUCUGUACAGCAGUUUCAGACGAAUCACUGACAUGGAAGUAAUUCAAAUUCCAAACAAUAUUCUCAAUACUUUGUGGAUCAACAACAUUUCGCGUGCGCAUAGCUUGAUAGAGCGGCUUGAAGUUUACAUCUCUUUCGACACUUCUCUAGAAGAUAUUGAAGCUUUACGUCUUGAGAUGGAGAACUUCGUAACUUGUUCAGACAACAAGAGGGACUUUUACCCAGAUGCUGUCUUCCGCUGUGUUGGGAUUGGAAGCAUGGACAAAUUGCAGAUCCAGUUGGAGGUACGGCACAAGUCGAAUUGGUCUGUAGAGACUGUUCGCGCAGCCAGACAUUCAAAAUUGAUGUGUGCACUCGUCUUGGGUCUUCGAAAAGUUCCCAUAUUUGGGCCUGGAGGCGGUGCAGCUCCACUAGGAGAUCCUACCAAUCCUACUUAUAGCGUUACUGUUUCCGACGCUGUGGCUGCUGCUUCGAGAGAAAAGGCUGCCAAAGAUGCAGACGCAGCUCGCCUACAUCCUGCUAACUUCUCUGUGCCCGAGAACAAAGACAAUCUAGCAAAGUCGGAUAGUGGAAACGAAGCACUGGCUUCGAUACUUGAGGGUCUAACAGGAGAGCCGCUCCGAGAGCAACAAAGAGAGAGUGAUGCAUUCAGUGUUGUCGGGGAUCAAGGACUUCAAUCUUCCGCAGCAAAGGAGUCGCAACUAACUAACGGGUCAAGCACAAGCCUCGGGAAGUCCCAAAGUAUGCAAGGUAGACGAAAGCCAAGCUUGACAGCACCCACACGCCCUUCUGAGGUUUCUCGAGAAGAAUCGAAUCUUGCGAACGUACCCAGCCAGGCAAACAGUCGCAACUUCGACCCAGAGGCGCAGACUUCGAGGUAG